UUUAAGCGGUGCCUUCGCCGUUGAUGACGACAUAUUCCUGCGACUUGUAGUUCCUGUCAGCCCAUGAGGUUUUGUUGGUGAGCUGUUUGAUUUUCAGCGUUUCUCACGUAAACAAGCAUCCCUGUGAGUGUGUAGGUUUCAUCCAAGUGUCGGACUUAGAGCGGUAAAUAUUCCAAAUACACGUGAGUGGGAAGGCUAGCUAGCUACGUGGCUAAGUCAAAACCAGUAACACUCGUACUAUUUCAGCUGUUGGAGGGAGUCCUUUUAGCGCUUCGACUGGAGUUUUUGCUAUGGCUGGGAGCAGGAUGCAACUGGAGCUGUCCCGCGUGGUUCAGGGAAGAAGUCGGCUGGGUGUCCUGAAGGGACUGGACAGGACGGGGCAGCAUUCACUGGAGAUCCCGGGGUGUCUGCUGUACACACACUUUGGCACCGUUCCCCACCUCACUCAGGACACACUGCACACGCUGAUCAGUCUCCCCUCUGUCACUCAGAUCACUUUGUCCCACAUAGCUGAGCACCAGGAGGUGCUGGAGGAGUUUAAGGAUGGAUUCAGAAAAUUCGCAGGUCUUCAUGAUACUGUGCUCUACUGCUCCCUUCACGACCCUGCCACGCACAGCCCGACGGGUUACACCACCAACAAGACGGUGUCAGUGUGGGGCAGCGGUGGGCGGAUAGAACUAACGGUGGCCAAGUUCAUGGCUCUUCAGAAGACCGUACAGCCAGACUGGUACCAGAGCAUGUGCGACGGAGAGACCUGGCAGAACAGCGCUUCUCGCAAACGGGUCAGAAAGUCGGUGGAUCGGACUCUCGCUCAUUUGGACGAGUGUUUGCUGGUGCACCAAAAAUCAAAGGAAUUGGAGGGAGUUGAGGUGUUUGGUGUGGUGGAAGGAGGCGACAUCCUGGAAGAGAGAGUACGCUCUGCCAGAGAGACCGCCAAGAGGCCCGUGGCAGGAUUCUGUCUGGACGGCCUCCAGACGGGCUCCAUGGACCAAACUCUGAGGACCCAGCUCAUCACUGCUAUGAUCAAGGAGCUGCCUGAGGACAAACCCAGACUCCUGCACGGUGUGGGACGACCUGAUGAGGUGCUGGCGUGCGUCGAGGCCGGCGUGGACCUGUUUGAGAGUUUUUUCCCCUUCCUGGCGACAGAGCGAGGCUGCGCUCUCUCCUUCGGCUUUGACAUUUCCACGGACCCAGAGCGCGCAGGUAGAGCGCCCCCUGCAGUGUUGGAGUUGAACGAAGAGAAGGCGACAGCAGGGGAGAGCCAGCAGAAUGGCGAUCUUAAUCGUCAUGAUCAAACACAGAUGACACCCUUUGAGAUGAACCUCAAAGAGAAAAGGUAUCAGGACGACUUUAGGCCGCUGGUGGAGGGGUGUGGCUGUUACUGCUGUAAGAACCACCAGAGGGCGUACCUGCACCACCUGCUGGUGACCAAUGAGCUGCUGGCUGGAGUUCUACUCAUGAUCCACAACACAGCCCACUAUCACGGCUUCUUCGGGGCCUUAAGAGAAGCGUUGGCCACCGAUAAACUGGAUGUACUCAAGAAACGAGUACUUGGGGAUGGAGGCCUGCAGAGAGAGAGAAAAGAGUAAGAUGGAUGGAAGCCAAUAGAUGCGAGAGGGAAUGAGCUGAGGGACUAAGGGGGAGAGAUCUUCUUCAGUGGAGUGACAUGGCCAGAGGCAAUCAUAAGUACUAUCUUGUUCUGCCAAGUCCGGUCACACGACGAACUGAACUGUCCUUGAGAAUGACACACUCCAUAUGCUGCCAUCUCUUUGCUUUAAAGAAGAAGAUGAAAGGAGAAAGGAGCACACAGAAAACUUUUUGAUGUUUGUGCCUUGGGUUUGUGUCCUAGUCUAUUGAUCUGAGCAGAGGAGACUGUGUCAGGGUUCAGCGGCUGAGGGAAGAAAAGGCGCUUAAUAUGAGGUCAGAAGGAACCUGCAUAAAACAUAUGGUGAGGAUGGAUGGUGGUGGACUAUUGAUGACGACUGAAACCUUAAUGUGGUCUGAUUGUAGGUCGGCAGAUGACUAAUGUCCUCUGAACUCAGUGACAUAGAAGCACAGACCAGAGGGAGAACCAAACGAGUGUGAUCAAUUGUUAGCGGGGAGACAUUAAUAAAUGCCACUGUUUCUCCUGUUAUAUGUGAACAGGUCAUGUGUAAAAUAUGAUUCCAGGAAGGCUUUGUUUUUGUCAUUUCAUACCUUACUGAUCAGUCCUAAUCAAACAUUUUCCAUUUGUUUACGUGCAUCAUGAAUAUUUAUAAUGUUGCAGUUGGAUACCUCCUCUCAAACGUGUGGAGAUUGACUUCUUGUCGUUUUCAACCUCACUGCCUAACCAGCGUCUAUGUUGAGAUGAUGCUUUGCAUUAAAGAGGACUCUGGCGAGCUCUGGCUAGCUGGAGUUUUAGACUGACAGCUCCCCCCAUUCGUGCUGCUGAGAGAGGAUAAAGAUCAGAUAAAGAUACGGGGCUCUGCUGCCUCCCCUGCCAUGGUGGAGGGGGCUUUUUUUUCUUCUUUUUUUUGUGAAGGUGAAGGGAUGUAAUUGACUGCCAGACCAUGCACACGUCUGUUGGGGGGGGCAGACUUGCAGAGAGGAGACUGUGACAGAUUUAUGUAACAGUAAUGAGGAUUUUAUUUACAUUGUGGAUUACCUUAACUGCAUCCAGCGUUAUGAACGAGUGGGCCGAAGGAUUUGCUGUCGUCAGUUGGUGGGCAUAAAUACUAAAGGCCCAAAGACAUAAAAGGGGCUGAAAAAAGAUGAAAAGAUGGGUGAAAGCCAAAACAAGCAAUGACCUUCAGCCUAGGUUUAUUUUGAGGCUUAAUGGGAUGGCAGCAGACAAACUAUUGAAGAGAAGGUUGUAAAGUCAAUUCCCCUGGUUAGUUGGUAAAAAUAGGAAAUGAAUUCAAUGGCUGUUGCCCUCAUUUCCCUGGAAAACUGCUGUAUAGAUAUUGAUAUCUUGUAUUCAAACAAUCACAGUAGAAGUAGAAGGAAGCUAACAAAACAGCAGUUUACUUAUGUAAUGUGCUUUUUUUUUUCUCCCGCGCAACAAAUCAACCCUUGCUUAAUACGCACUAAUUACAAACCCAAAAUUUCAUCUGCACUAAUUAAGCCCUAUUGAGGCUGUUACCGUUGAUUGUUGAAUGAAUUUUCCUUUAAUGAAUCCAGACCCCAGCCGAUCUUUCAUUUUCUUGCCCUGGUUUACUUAUUAAGCUUGUGACCUCCAGAAGUGGAACAUAAGUGAUUGCAGUAAUGAUAAGAUGCAGCACAAUAAAUAGGAAUAUAAAUAGGAGCGUAGCAGUCGAGUUUAAACAUAACAGCUUGAAUGUGUUAAGAGGAGAAAAUGAAGGUGUAAAAGUGGGAACGGUUUGUGAAUUUGGAGCAUGUUUAAUAUCAUUUACAUUAACACGGGUUCACACAAGGCUGCACUCUGUCCUUCAGAAUAUGCAUAAGAAAUGAGUAAUACAGUCCUUGUGAAAAAAUGGAGUGUUCAUAGGGAUUUUUUUACAGUCCUGUGAAUGAACUAAAGUACACCUCAUGAUUUAGUAGCUGGUAGAAGCACCGUUAGCAGUAAUAACUUGAAUUGUUUUCUGUUUGGCUUUAUCAGUUUCCCGCAUCUUUGUGGAGGAAUUUUGGCCGGCUCUUUUUUUCCUUUUCUUUUUUUUCUUUUGCUUUUUACAACGUUGCUUCAGUUCGUUGAGGUUUGCAGGCUUUUAUUUACACACAACUUUGUUCAUUUCUCACCACAGCAUUUCAGUCACGUUGAGGUAUGGACCGCAGCACUUUUUAUUCUUUUACUUUUAAGCCAUUCUGUUGUAGAUUCGUGCUGUGUUUGGGAUCAUUGUCCUGUUCUAUGACCCACUUUCAGCCACAGUUUAGAUGUCUGACCGACAGCCUCACACUGUAUUAUUUUGAUAUGCAGAGGAGUUAAUGAUCGAGUCUGCAAGGUGCCCGGGUUUUUUUUCCCCAAACACAUUGGUCUGAAUACUCCAGAUCAGCAAACUGCCAAGACUUCUCCUUUUAUAGAGGCGCUCACACUUGCUGAUGAUCAGUUAAGAAAAUGAUCUCAAUUAUUAACACCUGGCUGCUACUGACCCUCUUAAUUCCUAUAGAAGCAGUAAAGAUGUGUAUUAAAGUUGGUAAUUCAGUU